AUGAAUACGCUUUUAACCCGUUUCCAAGAAACCGCAUGUAUGAGGAAUAUAGGCCGCUUUGUGUGGAUGAUUUCGUUGUGUAUCGUUGUGGUAGCAGCUGUCGUGGUCGCAGUCAGAGAUCUUCACCUACCCGAGUACAAUCCGUUGCAGGUGUUCAUCGCGUCAAAUCCACACGAAUGGUAUGAUAACAAUGCUGAAAAGACGUUCUUCUUUGUUGAAGAGAAAAUUGCUAUUCCACUUUAUGUACGACUAGUUUGGGGUGUGAAAACAGCGAAUUCGACGGCAAUGUUCAGACAUGACACAGUUACUCCUUUAGAAUCCAAUCCAGCCUUUUCCCUAUCCACCCCCAAUGAUGUUCGUAACCUUGCAAAUGAACUGUCUACCUAUAGAGCCUUUCCAUUUAUCAAUCAUUCUGAGCCUUUUUGGCCGGAAAAGUUCCUAAAUUGGAGCGCAAAAUAUCACUGUGAAACGGGGCUUAUUUGCUGCAACAUGUCCCACCCAAUAUUCAACGAUGUAUAUCUGGACUAUUGCCUUCGAAACUCAACAGCUUUUAUAACCACAUCCUACAAUGACACUCCACUUUUCGAUAAUAAUUCUUUCGCUUUAUGCGGCUCUGAUGCCAACUCAUCUUACAUAUUCCCACCGUUUCCAUCGUUUGGCACAUUCCUUCAACUUACUUUCUCUUCUAACACCAAAAAAUGGCUGGUGGUCUACCGAAUGGCAUCUCAUCUCAACGUGGUAAGUUUAGUAAUAGUAUAGUA